CCUCCCCCAUACCCUCUCUUUUCACACCCUCUACUCUUUAAAUUCUCCUCAUACUUCGCCAUAUUCGUACCCCAUUUCUCUCUCACACUUUCUUGCUAUAACCUUUUCCUCUUUUCGUAUACGUUUCUCCAUUUUUAGUCUUUCAUUAACACUUUUCGGGUUUCUUUAAUUCUUCGUUUUGCUUUGUGGUGAGUUAAUUAAAGAUGGCCGGUGAAGCUCAGGAAAGAAGAGAAAAUAAGCUCCCAAACUUUCUCUUGUCUGUUAGACUCAAAUAUGUGAAGCUUGGUUAUCACUACUUAAUCUCAAAUGCCAUGUAUAUAUUGCUUUUGCCAGUUCUAGUCAUUGCUUCGGCUCAUCUUUCCACGCUCACAAUCCAAGAUUGUGUCCAGCUAUGGAACCAACUACAGUUCAAUCUUGUUACGGUCACUCUAGGUUCAAGUCUCAUGGUUUUCUUGGCUACACUUUACUUCAUGAGUCGUCCGAGAAAAAUCUAUUUGGUGGAUUUUGCUUGUUACAAACCCGAUUCAGAGCUUAUAUGCACAAGAGAGACUUUCGUGGAAAAAUCCAAUAAUAUUGGGUGUUUCUCAGAAGACAACUUAGCUUUUCAGAAGAAAAUUAUUGAACGUUCUGGUUUAGGCCAGAAGACCUACUUCCCUGAGGCCUUGUUGCGAGAGCCACCAAACCCGUGCAUGGCCGAGGCCAGGAAGGAGGCUGAGGCCGUGAUGUUUGGUGCUAUUGAUAAGCUCUUGGCGAAAACUGGCGUUAAGGCGAAAGAUAUUGGGAUUCUUGUGGUGAAUUGCAGCUUGUUCAAUCCAACACCAUCUCUAUCGGCCAUGAUUGUUAACCACUACAAGCUUAGAGGGAACAUUUUGAGCUAUAAUUUAGGUGGUAUGGGUUGCAGUGCUGGACUUAUUUCCAUAGACCUCGCCAAACAGCUUUUACAGGUGAACCCAAAUUCCUAUGCCUUAGUAGUAAGCAUGGAGAACAUAACUCUGAACUGGUACUUUGGCAAUGACCGAUCGAUGCUUGUAUCAAACUGCCUCUUCCGUAUGGGUGGAGCUGCAAUCCUCCUGUCUAACCGAUCAUCCGAUCGUCGCCGUUCAAAGUAUCAACUCAUCCACACUGUGCGGACUCACAAAGGCGCCGAUGACAAAUGCUACGAAUGUGUCUUCCAAAGAGAAGACGAAAACAGAAAAAUCGGAGUCUCACUCUCAAAAGACCUCAUGGCUGUAGCUGGAGAAGCCUUAAAAACAAACAUCACCACACUGGGUCCAUUAGUUCUCCCAAUGUCUGAGCAACUCCUGUUUUUCACAACUUUAGUAGCAAGAAAAGUGUUCCACAUGAAAAUAAAACCAUACAUUCCCGAUUUCAAGCUGGCUUUCGAGCAUUUCUGCAUUCACGCUGGAGGGAGAGCGGUGUUAGAUGAGCUAGAGAAGAACCUUGAGCUGAGUGAAUGGCACAUGGAGUCUUCAAGAAUGACCCUUUACAGGUUUGGGAACACUUCGAGUAGCUCUUUGUGGUAUGAAUUGGCGUACACUGAGGCGAAGGGGAGGAUCAAGAAAGGUGAUCGAACAUGGCAGAUUGCAUUUGGUUCAGGAUUCAAGUGUAACAGUGCGGUGUGGAAGGCAUUGAGGAGUAUUAAUCCUGCCAAGGAGAAAAUUAAUCCUUGGAUGGAUGAUAUUGGUGAAUUUCCAGUUCAGGUUCCAAAGUUGGCACCUGUUGUAUCUUCGUCUUCUUCUUAAAGCUUUCUAAUUUUUAUUUUGUGGGGGGAGUAUGAGUGAUUUAUUUUAGAAUACCCGACUUAUAUAUGUAAUGCUAGGGCUAACUAUGCCAGAUAUAAAGAUUUAUUAUUUUCGUUAUAUGAUUAUUCCCUUUA